AUGAACAAUGUACCAUUGAAAGUCAUUCUGAUCCAAAAAAUUAUAAAAACAAAAGGGGACCAAGAAGAUAUGAUUUUACCAGAUUCUGAUUAAGAGGAUUAAUCUCCAUCUCCAAAUGAAAUCAAUGAAAAUGGAGAUAUUGACUCAAGAUUGAGAUCAAAAAUGAAGCGGCUUAGAUUUAGUACAUCAAACUAAAUCUAUUAUUUCUCAUAGAAUGCUAAAUCCUCUCCAAAUCAAUCUCCUGCUCUUUCUCCAAGAUAUUCUUCUAAUUCCAUAUAAUCUAUUCUCAAACCUAAAAGUUGCUCCAUCUUUGGAUAGACAAAAAAAUGA